CAGUGACAGGAAACGCCAUACUUCCCUCCACGUGAGCCCAGAGCUUGCAUUCCAGCCCUCGGGCAUCCAUAUGGACCGGCUGGAGGACCAGAAGGAAGUCUGGACCUGUCACUGGAGUCAGAGAAAGUAGGGCUGGUAGUGACGGCCUCCAUCAGUAUGAUGCUAGCCUUCCUACCAUGGACACAGAGAUGAUGCCCAAGUUCUCCUCAAAAGAUGAAGAAAUUGAGUACUGGAAAAAUCUGUCCAUAAAGUACAAGCAAAGUUGCCAUGACGCCCAGGAGGAGCUGCUGGAGUUCCAGGAGGGCAGCCGGGAGCUGGAGGCCGAGCUGGAGGCCCAGCUGGGUCAGGCAGAGCACCGCAUCCGCGACCUGCAGGCUGAGAACCAGAGGCUCAAGAACGAAGUGGAGUCCCUGAAGGAGAAACUGGAGCAGCAGUAUGCCCAGAGCUACAAGCAGAUCUCCAUGCUGGAGGACGACCUGGUACAGACUCGCGGCAUCAAGGAGCAGCUGCACAAAUACGUCAGGGAGCUGGAGCAGGCCAAUGAUGACCUGGAGAGGGCCAAGAGGGCCACCAUCGUGUCCCUAGAGGACUUUGAGCAGCGGCUGAACCAGGCCAUCGAGAGGAACGCCUUUCUGGAGAGCGAACUGGACGAGAAGGAGUCGCUGCUGGUGUCCGUGCAGAGGCUGAAGGACGAGGCCAGAGACCUGAGACAGGAGCUGGCUGUUCGGGAGAGGACGACUGACACCACGCGCAUGUCCGCUCCCAGCUCGCCCACGCUGGACAUUGAUAAGAUGGACACAGCAGUGCAGGCCUCCCUGUCCCUACCAGCCACCCCAGUUGGGAAGAACAUUGAGCACCCCUUCAUCACGCAGAAAGUGUUGACCAAUGGGAACUUGACAAAUGGAAACUCAGCCCUGACCCCCUCUGCCAGAAUCUCAGCUCUCAACAUCGUUGGAGACCUCUUACGAAAAGUCGGGGCAUUGGAGUCCAAACUAGCCGCCUGUCGGAACUUUGCCAAGGACCAGACGGCGAGGAAAAACUACACAGGAAAUGGGAAUCUGAUCAACAGCAACGCUACCAAGUUCUCGCAUUCACUGCACACAACGUACUUCGACAAAACGACCAUGAACGGUUUGGACCCCAGCUCCCUGACGACCAUGGCCCCCCCACGGACGGUGUCUCCGCCCGGCAUGCUGCCCCUCAGUGUGUGAGAGACCCAUCAUGCCCCUCCCCCUUCCAUAGCAGAUGAACAGAGCACGGAGAGGACUCAUGAAAGAGUGCAAAAUUGGUGUUGUGGAUAAAGACAUGAGAGAGAGAGGGCGAUGGUCGAGAGAGCUUGUGUGUGCUUAAAAUGAAACUGAUCAUGGCCAGUAAGUGUGCGCGUGUGUGUGUGUGUGUGUGUGUGUGUGUGUGUGUGUGUGUGUGUGGAGAAAGAAUGCAGCAAGGACUGUGCAGCACUGCGGUGUGAUAUGUUUGUGAGCGUGUGUGUGUUGGAAGCAGAUGGCGUUCCCAAUGUUUGCCUGGCAGGUUCAUGUCAGGUGUAACAUGUGAAUGUGCAAGUGAAUGUGUGGCUGGCUUCACCACAGCUCAAGUGGAUUUUCAGCAGCUGGCGGCUCCUCUCGCACAAACCAACUCCACGUGACAAAGGUCUUCGGCUUGGACUGCAACAGCUGCAUUUUGUUUUCUUUUUUGGCAUUUGAAUGUGUUGCACAGAUAAAAGAAAUGUAUUUAAAAUUUGUCAGAAAAAGGGAUUUUUUUUUUUUUUUUGAAGUUCAUUAUACUGUAUGCUUUUCAAUGCAAAGAGAGUGUGUGUGUGUGUGUGUGUGUGUGUGUGUGGUAUGUGAUGGACCCUCCUCACAGCCACACAAGUGACUGAAAUGACACAGGACAGCUGUUAGCACAGCCAGGUUGUCUCUGAGCAGCAGUUGUCCAAAGAGAGCAAGCAAGAGUUUUUGGAGCAGAUGGUCUAGCUGAAGUAUGGCCGAAAGACCUCCUGACGUUUAACAGCCCGGAAUAAUCUCCUGCACCAAACAGCACACACUCUGUCAGCAUUAUCGGUUUAUGGUCAUCACCGUCUUGUGCACCACUAUCAUCUGAACAGGAGUGAGUAAUCCAGGGCGUUGCAUGUGGUGAGGUUUGCAGUCAUCUUGUGACACGUCAAGUACUGUUAUCAACGAGGGCACGUUCUGCUUUUCUUUUUUCUUUUUUUUUAGGUCAAACUAAAUCAUAGAGCUUGUUCUGUUUAGAAAAAGAAUAACUUUGCGUUUUGCCGAGUGAAUGUCUUUCUGACGUGAAAGAGUCUCACCCCUCCACGUGCCUCUGUUUGAACAUGUUAAUUUUGUCGAGCAGUUCAUUCUGCUCUUUCCAGUUUUUCCAUUUGGAUUUACACCAUGGUGCUGUCUCUCCUGGUUUCCACGUUUGUCGCCCCCUUACCCACCAGCCUUUGGAGUUAAGGAGCACUUAAGUCAGGGUGUGGUUUUUAUUUAUUGUUUUUUGCUCCCUUUACCCUGUCCUUGUAAAUUCACCGCUAAGUUAUUGAGCACUAUCGUGGCCUGUGGCUAUGGCCUGUGUAUAUAGGUUUGUAAGCGUUGUCAGGUUUGUAAAUACCAUCUCUGGACUCUGGACAUCUGCGUUAAUUUAUUUCAGAUUCUCUAUGGCAUGUUAUGAAGAUGAGUGACCUUUUAUGAAUUGUACUUUCGUUAAAAAUCAUAUCUAUCAUGAUGUAGAAGCGGUUGUCUAAUAUGUUCGAAUAAAAGUGGAAAAUAUUUAAAACGUCA